GCUCCAGUCUCAAACUUAACCCCGUUCCUGCUGAAGAAGAGGGAGUCUGCUGGAUGGAGAAAGAAGCUCUCUUGAAAGAUGAGGAGGAGGAGGAAGAGGAGGCUGUUACAAUACAAAAACAAUUAGAGGUUGAGGCUGUUACAGUGAAAGAAGAAGAAGAGGAAGACGUUACAGAGGAAGAGGAGGACGACGACGUUUCAGUGAAAGAAGAGGGGGAGAUGGCUGUCACAUCGAAAAAUGAAGAAGAGGACGAAACUGGAUACUGGUCCCGGUUUCCCAAACGCAUCUUCAGGCAUCCGAUGGUUCUAACGAUGAACUUAGCAAUAAGAUGGUUUUGAGAAACCGUUCUCUGAGUAACACUCGAGAGAGACGUGACUAUCGUGGAUCCUCUGGGGGGCCUCAACAACCUCAUGAUGCUGAAGAGGCAGAGAAGAGUCUCUCCACGUCAAAACACCUCAAGAAACACCAGCAGAGACCCACAGGGAAGAAAUCUCACUUCUGCUCUGACUGUGGGAAAGGUUGCACAUCUUCAUCAGAACUUAAAAUACACCAGAGAAAACACACAGGAGAGAAACCUUAUAGCUGUGAUCAAUGUGGGAUGAGUUUAACUACAUAUGGCAGUCUGUUAAGACACCAGAGAACACACACAGGAGAGAAUCCUUAUAGCUGUGAUCAAUGUGGGAAGAGUUUUCCUACAUCUAGCCAGCUGACUUCACACCAGAGAACACACACAGGAGAGAAGCCUUAUAGCUGUGAUCAAUGUGGGAAGCGUUUUCCUACAUCUUGCCAGCUGACUUCACACCAGAGAAAACACACAGGAGAGAAACCUUAUAGCUGUGAUCAAUGUGGGAAGAGUUUUCCUACAUCUAGCCAGCUGACUUCACACCAGAGAACACACAAAGGAGAGAAACCUCAUAGCUGUGAUCAAUGUGACAAGAGAUACUCUGAUAAAAGAUCUCUGAUCAAACAUCAGAAAAUACAUACAUGAAGGAGUUGUUUCAUGAUUUCAAUGAAUUAAUGUCACCAUGUAGAAUGUUUUAACAUUGUAGUAGGAGUAUUUUAAUGUCACCAUGUAGAAUGUUUUAACAUUGUAGUAGGAGUAUUUUAGUGAUGUUCUACCUUAUCAUUUGCACUGUUCAAUUGAUUGCAGCAUGAUAUGGAUAUUAGCCUCAGGGGAAAAUCCAGGCUCUGAAUUGAAAGAGUAUUAUUUAACAAAAAGUGCUGUGUUAUACUUACUGUGUUGGUGACCCACUUUAAUCAAAAUGCAGCACUUCAAAAUGUAGCUAGCUGUUUUCUACAAGUUGAAAAAGCUGCGUGUUUAAAAAAGACAUGUAAUAUGAUAAUUGUUGCAGAUGUUUGUGUAUAUACACACAUGA